CAAGUUAGUAAUGCACGCCCAUGACCCAACGGCCCAUUUCUGCUUUUACACAGUUUCCAGCCUCUCAUAAUUUUUAUCUCUCCCCCCUACCAUCCUUCUCAACAGUUCUACAUAGGGUUCAGCCACAUGAACCUACUCGCUUACAAAGGACCAGACAUAUAACACCCAUCUUCCCUCCCCUCAAACCAUUGAACUCCCACAUAUCUCCUACACUAUCUGCUACAGACGACCGAACAAAAUGAAAAGCACCUUCACCGUCGUUACCGCCCUCCUCCUGACCCACGUCCGGGCCCUUCCUAACCAGUCACCCACCCCAACCCCCGCCUGGCAGAUAUCCCUUUACCAAAACUCAAAAUGCACUGGUGAAACGACAUUCUUCUUUGGAAACGGCACACUCCCCUGCCACGAUGCGAUUCUCAACGGUGGGGCCCUGGGGUAUAUCGUCGAGAUAAACAAUGGGUCAACUUGCUCGGUGCGGCUUUCUGGUGAUAUCGGAUGCAACAGUACUAUUGGAGUUGUGGAGGCUGGGGCCCUAGUGGUUGUCGGGCUCCAGUUGCGCAGGGACAAAAUGGAACGAACGUGCAGAUUCAACGGUUUUCUGUUCUGUGUUGAACUUUUAUGAUUUUAUCGUUAUCAUAUCGAUGCGUGCUGAGCCCUUUGAGAAGGUUAUUAUUGCGUUUUGCUUUCACAAUAUGGUGCUUAUUUCCCUCUCAUGUCUUGAAAUGAUUUUUUAUGAAUAACGAAUACACAUUAUGCUUUUUACCUA